AUGUGCCGGUGUAACUGUUAUUUACAUUUUUGUGCAACUUUUUCAGGAUUUUAGGUUGCUUUUAAGCAUAUUGGUUAGGUUAAGUAUUGAAUUUGUCUUAUCUUAAUGUGCAGUUUAUGAGUAUUAUUAAAAUAUAAGCCUUGUCUUAUGACUUCGACCUUACUUGAUAACCCUUUUCCCGAUAGUCUUAGUUUAGGUCUCCUACAGUGAACGCUUGUGUAUCUACUCGUUAUUUACGUUCCUUACUGAGUAAAGGCAGCCAUGAAGAGAGGAGCUUUGAUUGUUAUUGAAGGACUUGAUCGGACGGGGAAAUCUACGCAAUGCAAAGCACUAGUGGAAGGCCUGCUGCAGAAGCAGAUAAAAGCAGAGUACACCAAUUUUCCAGCAAGACAAACAGAGAUUGGGAAAGUUAUCAAUAACUAUCUUAUGUCCAAGGUAAGCAUCAUCACUGAAGCCAUCCACCUGCUGUUCUCAGCCAACCGCUGGGAGAGAGCCGGUGAGAUCAUCAAGACCCUGGAGGAAGGCACCAGCAUCAUCGUGGACCGGUAUUGUUACUCGGGAGUAGCUUUUUCAGCUGCUAAAGGCUUAGACAUAAACUUCUGCAAAGCCCCAGACAUGGGUCUGCCCAAGCCAGACCAAGUGUUCUUUCUGACCAUGCCCAUAGAGAGCAUAGAGCAGAGAAAUGGCUUCGGAAACGAGAGGUACGAGGUUUUAAGCUUUCAAAAGAAGGUGGCAGAAAUGUAUCUCCAGCUAAAAGAAGAUGACUGGGAGGUGUUAGAUGCAAGAAGAUCAAUAGAAGAAAUUCAAAAGGAGAUACUGGAGAAAGCGUUGCAAGUGGUGGAGAAAGCCGCCGACCGGCCUAUAGGCAAGGUGUGGAUUAAAUCCUGAUGUGAUUAGUUAGGCCCACUUUCACCAACCCACAAACCCGGGGUUAAGCAGUUAAACCGUUAACCUGAUGUCAAAUUGUACUGGUAACCACGGCAACUCCAGGUUAAACCGGUUAACCCUAAAUUAGUAGAAUGGUGCAAGUGGCCCCAGAUUUAAUAUUAGUUAGGCAAUCUGUCCAGCGGAAAUCAGCGAGAAAAUAGCAGUGCCAUGUUUAUAAAAAGUUUGUAACUUGAAAUACAAGUGGAAGCACAGAAUAAAUAAUAGUACUACCGUACAGAAAGGAAGCUUCCUACAAAACCGAAGUUUGACAGCGGUUCAGGGUCGAAUCAUGCUAUCCCUUUCUAAUACAUGGCACUAUCCCUUUCGGCCAAUUAGGGUUGUCAAAAUUCAAGUGAUUAUCUUAUCUGUGGUCGUGCACGCAAAAGGAAGUCAAGUGGUGCCAACCCUAAUAAUUGCUCGGAGCAAUGCUGAGCCGAGCGGAGCCGAGUUUGGCCGAAGUCAGGAGCUUCGCACCCCUGGUGGAAGUCCCUUUUUGACAGGUUUUGUCAGAAAGGGACUUCCACUUGUAUUACAAGUUAUAAGCUUUUGAUAAACAGGGCACUGCUAUUUUCUCGGCAUAAGUAGUAAAUUUAUAUUAUUCCAAUGCGGCCAAAUACGACUGCGCAAAAUGCGUGCGCAAGCAUAUUUUUCUUUUGAUAUUUUUCUUUAUUUUUGGCUACCGUAUUUCGUUUUUUAAAUGAAUUUCCCGCAGACGAAUUUUGCCGCUUUGACUAUUAUUGUACAGUCA